UUGCCAGGAGAACUUGAUGCUGCUAUGCUCCUGAAGAUAUUAAGAGCUUGUUGGAGACCUUUGCACAUCCUCGCAGAGAAACCUUCACUGGACCUAUGUCGUCACCUGGUCAUGCUCAGAGAUCCACAUAUAAGUGGGAAAAUUGCCUUUAAAGAAAUUCCGGGUUUACUGUACACACUUCAGUUCUGGAGGGCUGUCUUCUUAAAGUUUGAACAGCACCAUCAAGGACGAACUAGUAGUUUUCACCUCAGACCACUGCUGUGGGAAGCUGGUGUCACUGUGAGCAAUAAAGUUCUGGAGAGUCUGAUCAUCAGAUUCGUUAAGAAGAGUAUAGUGACGUUAGAAGACUUCCUUCUGACACUAGUCAAGCUAUAUCUUGCUCACGAAAGGUAUAAAACAAUCGAAAGGAAGAUGAGAGAAAACUCCCUGUCGUUAGAAGAGAUGAUCCUGAUGACUGUCUACUCAUGAAUAUUAAUAUUCACUUUGAAAAUAAAUAAGAUAACGUUUACUGAGAGGUCACAUGCUUAAAAAUUUCAAGUUAUUUCACGUGUCAAAACCAUUUAAUUUCUAAUGGGAAAACGCUAUUACUUUAAACUGGAAGCAAGAUAUGAAGGAAAACAAUUUUCCGCAGAGCAAUCUGUGGUUUUUAGAACUAUCAGUUUGUCUAUUCAAAAAUUAAGCAUUCCAUCCUAUUCUUCCAUUCUCAAGUGAAAAACAGUUACAAGUCCUAUCCAGUAGAUAAACACUUCAUGUAAAGCUACUUGUAACCUAUUAAGUAACCAAUAGAUGUCGCUUGGUACGUAAACUAAAGUGAUAAUGUGUCCUAAUUUGCUCAGUUGCUGGUACCGCACUGUCCAUAAAAAUUGAUUUUGUAUGUCGAUUUAUAUAUUAAGUACUUGUAGCUCCGCUACUUCUAUGUUAGUUAGUUUUAAAAAAUCAGAGAAAACUACAGCAUAAAUCUUGAUAUUCAAGUUUUUGUGUGUUUUAGUAUUUACGAAAUAAGAAUACAAUUUCUCAAACGUAAAAACUAGUUUGUUCACACCAAACUUUAGUAACCUAUUAAUUAGUUAUGUUCUGAUUUGUUAACGCAACUGUUUAUAUUAUGCAAUUUUAUUUAUUGUUUUAAAGCAUUAGUGAAAUCCAUUGACAGAAUUCCAUCUAACGAAUUUCUUGAAUCUUAAAAUGAAAUAUUACACUUUCAUCUUUAGUAGAAAUGAAAUUUAACUUAUUUUUACUUUGAGUAAGAUUCAAGCUCUUCUUGUCUGACAACAUUAUGUAAAUGUGAUACGUAAUGCUUUUUAACUCAUACAGUUAUUAAGAAUAUAAAAUUAUACUUUGUUUCCAUGUAAAUAAAUAAAAAACUUCCUUGAUGUUAGUAUUUUUCUAAAUCAAAGUCUGUGAGCGAUACAGAGACAUCUGGUAACUUUAAGAUCAUUUUCUUGAAAUCCAAUUAAGUUCAAAAAUGGAUAGAGGAUAAUUAAGAUAGCUAUUUGAAUUGUGUACUAAAAGAUUUAAAAUAGGCUUAACUUAUUAUCUAAAGUCUAGUCUUGAUUCAGACUGCAAGUCGUAUCUAGUGUAAAUCCGAACCGUUAGAACGACACAAAGGGAAAUAACAUGAAACCAACAAUAAAUUUUAUAUAUUGUUCUUGAAUAAAUAAAGGAUUUUCUUUGUUGUAGCUUUCCCUAUCGUGGCAAAUGUUGUUAUUCAUAAGGUCCAUUAUAAUUUAAUUAUA